GUACAACCCGUAGCUCCGACGAAUAAUUAAAAAAUAUACAGCGCUUUUUGGUCUCAUUUAACGACCACCAUUAUCGUUGGAGUGAGCUCCACGAGAUUCAAAAUAUUCAUAUGGUGUUUUCUGGAAAUCACAACUUCACAAGUAGAAGUUCAAAUCAGCUUCAACCGUGUCGGAUUCAAAGUUAUUUCUGCAUAUUUUAGGGUUCUUCUAACUGAAGAUGGCGACAACUGCUCCAACAAUCUCCCCUUGGAUUUCCGAAGAUGACCUCUUGUUGAAGAACGCUGUGGAGGCAGGUGCUUCUUUGGAGGCACUUGCUAAAGGUGCAGUGCAAUUCUCUCGCAGAUAUACAUUAGAAGAACUGCAGGAACGGUGGCACUCACUUCUGUAUGAUUCUGAUAUUGCGGAACAAGCUUCGGUUCACAUGAUAGAGCUUGAACUUAAGGCUAACAGACCAGAAUACAUAAAAGAAAAUAAUGAGGCUCCUCGAAAGAGGAAACUCAAGAGCAUACACAAACAGUACCAUGAUCUGCGGAAGAAAAUUCGAAAUGACUUUUUCAAUUCCACUGAUCUAUGUUUUCUGGAAGGACCCAGUUUACAAGAUUUUAGUGGUCAUGACAAUGUGUCUCAUGACAGAAAUGUCCUUGGGAACUGUAUUUCAGAUAAUCUAAGGUUCCAGGAAGCGGAAUGGGACAUCCUGCGUAAAGCUUUCCCAGAAGCAGUGGCUGAGAUUGCUUCCACGUCUCGUAUCGCAUAUCAAACUGGAUGCAGUAAUACAGCUGGUGAUAAUCAAGUAACUGAAGCUUCGAGGAAUAUUGUAUAUUCUGAGGGUUUUUCUGCUUCACUAAAAGAGAGGGCUACUUGUAUCCAGCCUAGCAUUGAACUCUGUGAAGUACCUCAUGUACCCAAAGAUGCGCCCCUUAACUAUGGAAAAUGCUCAGUUGGUGAAGGAUGCUGUCUACCAUCAGCUACUUCGGAUGGUGAAUUCAUAGAUCUCCCUGAUUCACUUUUGAAUCUUUCAAAUGAUGAUGAUAUUCUCAUGGAGGAUGAGGAUGUGAGGAACAUAUUAGAUAAAUCAUCCGAUAAAAAUGGUACACUCGUAAACUCUUCUGAUUGCAUUAAGGAAAGCGGGGCAUAUACUCAUGAAUCUGAGACAUUAAUUGAUUCAAAGACAUCGCCCUUGCCUCCAGAUGGUGCAGAGUGCAUUGACUCAGAAGUGGUUGCUCCUUCCACAUGUGACCAGGAAAUUUCUUGUUAUGGAGAGAGUACUGUGUCAACUCACUUAACUUCAAACGCAGAUUCAAAUAAAUCAACUGAUGGUAGCAUUUGCUGCACAUUAAAUACGGAGGACACUGAAAUCCCCUGUAAUGAUGAUAUAUUUUUACUUAUCCACCCAUCAACAUCAUUUGGUUCUGCAGUGACAGAACCGAGGAGUGCACACUAUUUGGACACACCAUCUGUUGCUAAUAAAAAAGAUACUAAACAAUCAAUGAAUUCCGUGACAAGAGGGAAAUGUUAUGUGCCAUCUCUUGCAUGGCCUCACAAGAUUGGACACAACAUAUUAGGAGAGCCGCACAUUCAGCAUAGCGUAAAAUCCAAGUUGAGUGAAACUACCCGCGCCCCUUUGCUUUCUGGGGAGCCAAACAAGGUACCUUCUGACUCAAGGCAAGGCAGGACCUUGCAAGGUAUUCUGGAGGGCCCCCUUGGUAGAGUGCAAGAGCAGUGUGCUGCUAUAACUGGAUUGGUUGGAGAUGCAUCAGAUGCCCAUCCCGGCAUGCCGCAAUUUGCUGAACAGGGUUCUGUUGAAGUAGCUGCUGUAGAAAUGUCAGCCCACCCCUCAACAUCAGAUCAGGAAGAACCAACAAGUGAUGAUGAUGUACCUUAUUUUUCUGACAUUGAAGCUAUGAUACUUGACAUGGACUUGGAUCCACCUGAUCAAGACUCUUAUACCGCAACACAAUUGAUAAGGUAUCACCCCGAAGACAGUAAAAAGACAAUUAUAAGGUUGGAACAGUGUGCACUCUCUUCUAUGCAUAGAGCGAUGUCAUCUCAAGGGGCGUUUGCCAUCUUGUAUGGCCGUCAUCUUAGGUACUUCAUCAAGAAAACGAAGGUGAUACUGGGAAGAUCUACAGAUGACAUUGAUGUUGAUGUUGAUUUGCGAAAAGAAGGCAAUGCAAACAAAAUAUCUAGACGUCAAGCAAUUAUCAGGAUGGAACCAGAUGGAUCAUUCUUUUUGAGGAAUAUUGGGAAGAGCUCAAUAACAGUGAACGGCAAGACAGUUGAUAAUGGAAAAAUGCAGCUACUAAGCUCUAGUUGUCUGAUUGAGAUCAAAGGAAUGAGCUUUGUAUUUGAGAUGAACAGAAAGUAUGUGCAGCGGCACUUGGACACACAGAAAGACAAAGCAAAGUUUGGCAAGUUUGAUUGGUCAUCUGAAGGGUAGGGUCUUGAAAGCAGAUGACAACCCAUUGAAACUUAAAAGGUAGCCCCUCCUGUUUAAUUGCUUUUAAUUAGUUACAUAGCUUCCCUGGUGGAUGACUUUUAUAUCCUUUGCCCGAAUUAAAUCUCCUUUGCCCCUACAACAGGAUGUGUACAUAUAUGAUUCUUAGCAACGAGUGUUUAACUAGAAAUUUAGAAUUAGAAUCCAUCAAUAUAUAAACACUAUACACAAGGCCUUUGUCUAUCCCCCCAUCUGGCUCAAUCAUAUCAAAUAAUUUUAAAAUUUGAUCCAUCUCUACUUUCGUUUUCAUUUCGUUUUUCUUUUUUCAUUUGUCGGCGAGAUGGCUAUGGUCAGAAGAGGAGAUCGGAAGGUCCUUCUAGUCAUUGUUAGAUUUGUAUAUGAACGGAUAAAUAUACCUUGUGUUAUAGCAACUGUUUAAAAAAUAGUGUCAAAUACUGAGUUUGACUUUCUGGUGAAGAGAUUCAGCUUGUAACUACUAUAUACUCUGUAGUUAAUGAUAGUGGAAGACAGUAUCCAAACUAAUAGACCGCCCCUGGUCGGUACCUACUUGUAGACAUUUUUUGGGGGCUACAGUUGGUUCUACGUAAGUACAUAUCUAUGCAAUCUAUUAAGGUGAAUGUUUUCUAUUGUGUGAUGUAUUUUAUAUUUUUAUGCUCAAUAUGUAAUAGUUAGUGCCGUUCCAUAUGUUCUUAAACAUUCCUUUUGAAUAUAGUGAACUUGUGCAUUCGGAAAAUUAUACCGUACAACCGGAGAGUACCAUGCUCAAUGUGCUUUGCAUGCAUCCGAUAUACUUAUUGGAUUGUUUUGAUUACACAAUAACGAUUGGAUGAGUGGUGUGAGGUUUACGCAUGUCUUCGGGAUGUGCUGGGUUCUCUACUUCUAUUUCUGCCAACAAAUUAUUUUUCAUGCAUCUUUUGACUGGUAUGUAGACUAAUACGGUGGUGUGUAAUAUCUCUAAUAUAUUUGUAAACAAAUCUAAUUUGUGGUACCGAAUAAAACGAUCUCAACUUUGUUUGAAUGGAAUUGUGGAAAGGUGGGAAUGGUUUGUGAGGAUGUUUUCUUUUGGAUUGUUUUCAGUCCCAGACCAGUUCAGAUUAGACUAGACCUUAUCAGACCAGACUUGACUUCCGUAGUUAUAAAAUACACAGAGACCAUACGUUUACUAGACAAUACCAGACCAGCAAAUUUCAGUCCAAAAGAAAACAUCCUGACACUGUCAUACUGUGACACACAUGUGGAUAAAUCUAAUUUGUAUUGUAAACUAUCUACUUGUAUUGUAAAUGGAUCUUGCUGAGGUUUCAGUGUUUGAAAAUGAAAUUUUGCGUGAAUUCGUCCUUGAGAAAUUUAAAUAGAGUACACAAAGCAAUAUGAAAUCAGGACUAAAAAUACAACUUUCAAGCUUUAGUCUCAAGAGUCUGAAGUAAGUUAACACAAUCAACAUAUGAAAUCAGAACUAAAAAGAUAGAAGAAAAAUUCACAUAAAUAAUCUCAAGUUUCUCAAUAACUGGUGGGCUUCUCAGUUCUCAAUAUGAACUAUUAGUAAUUCCAAUAUAAUCUAGAAAAAAUUCACAUAAAUAAUCUGAACUAUUACCAGUCUUCUAAUAUUAAUCUCAAAUAUUGGUAAUUCCAUCAUAAUCCCAAGUAUGAGGGUCAUCUUCUCAAAACACACCCAUGACUAGGGUUCCGGGCUCGGGCCCUCCAUUUGGUGAACCGGCCCGGCCGGUUCGGGUCCGGUCCAGGCCGAAUUUACUUUUUUUUUUUCCUGAAUUUUUUUUAAGUUUUUGGGUUGGGCUGGG